AUGGGUGUUUUUCAUCAUAUCACACUAUAUCACCUGGUAUUUCUUAUGAGUACCCUUAACCUUUUAACGUGGAACGCGUCUGGUAUUAUGUCUAGCUCGGCGUAUUUGUGUGAAUCAUUAUCGAAACAUAGCAUAGACUUCUGUGGAAUUUCAGAACACUUCUUGUACCCACAUAAUGUUCACUUUUUACAUUCCCUGAACUCAGACUACCAGGUACAUGCAGUCUGUGAUAAAGACCACUCUUUUCCAGCUCUAAGGAAAACGGGUAAAGGAGGUGUUGCUUUAAUGUGGCAUAAACGUUAUGAUGAGUAUGUAUCUCCUUUAUGUAUAGAAGAUGAUAGAAUAGUUGGGGUUCAAUUUCAAGUGUCUGAAAACCAGUAUAUGUACAUUUUCCAAGUAUAUUUACCAUGCGUCAACCACUCGGUAAAGUUCUUUAGAGAAUAUAUAAACAAACUCUAUGAUAUAUGGUAUACAUAUAGUAGUUCGGGAACAGUCUUGUAUCUCGGGGAUUUUAAUUCGAAGUUUGAGGUCAACAGCGAUCGUACACGGGACAAGUUAUUGUGUAAAUUUUUUGCAGAUACUAACCUUUUGCCGAUUAAUUGCACAGAUAUUUGUACUGGUGCAAAUACUACGUUUGUUUCAUAUGACGGCAAAAAUCGAACUUUGAUAGAUUUUAUUUGUUUACCCAUUGAGCUUACUGAGGAUGUCGUGCGCUGUGAAAUACUUGAUGACAAUUGUUUGAAUGUGUCCACCCAUAGACCAGUUCUAUGCACCAUAAAUGUCCAGUUUCUCGGAAAUGGUCAAGAAGAUUUUACUAGAGGCGGUGAUUUGAUAAACUGGGCGAAAUGCACACCUGAACAAAUUGAUUUGUAUAAUAACACUCUGUUAUCAAAUAGUCUUUUACAAGAAAUUACAUGUAAUGAUUUUGAUCUCGACCCAGCAUCUAUUGAUCGUGACCAUGAAAUAGUAGUACGCUGUCUUGUGGACGGUGCAAAUGCGACUUUACCAAAGCGACGCCCCGUUUCUUACUUGAAACCAUAUUGGAACGACCCACUUAAGCACUGUCAUAGUGAAAUGUCAAAACUCCGAGAAGAGUGGUGUAGACAAGGACGGCCGCGUGGUCACGAGUGGUCGGCUUACACCGAAUAUAAGAACGCCAAACGUGAAUUUCGGCGCAUUCAUCGACGUCGUGUUGCGGAGCACAUGGCCGAGGAAAACGCGGAAGUUGAUCGCACUGCAGAGGUUGACCCCGUGACCUUCUGGAAAAAUACGAAUAGGCGCCGAAAACCUAGUAGAUCUUCUGCCAAUUCCGGUAUUAAAUUCAACGGUACGUUGGUCAGAGACAAAGUAAGAAUAACACAUGGUUGGCAUGGCUACUUCAAAGAGAUGUAUGCGAAUAUAGAUGAGAAUGACUAUGACAAUGUCUUUAAGACAGAGAUAUCGCAACGCCUACAUGAUAUGUUACCAAAUUUAGUUCCCGACCAGUCUGCGGUUGUAACGCCUGAACUAAUUAGUGAAAUCAUAGGCUCGUUUCCUAAAGGUAAAGCUGCGGGGCAUGAUAACGUUACUUAUGAACAUUAUAAGUACGCUAAAAGUGUUGUUUCCCCUGCAUUGGCAAAUAUUUACACUAGAAUGUUACGCUCAACGCAUGUACCAGACAGUCUCAAGCGUGGUGUGAUUAUUACUCUUCAUAAAGGAGGUAAUAAAAGAAAAGACGAUCCGGACAAUCACCGGGCUAUUACCCUAGUUCCAGUAGGUCUUAAAACAUAUGAAUCUGUUCUUAUUGCACGAUCAAAAGAUGAUAUUCUCUCUACCAUCAAUAUUCAACAAGGUGGAUUUCAGGACGGUCUCUCGUGCUUAAUGACGUCAUUCCUUUUAAGAGAAAGUAUAUAUUACGCUAGAGAGUAUGGCUCAAAAUUAUAUGUGUCAUUUUUAGACGGGCGUAAAGCUUUUGAUACUGUCUGGCAUGAUGGUUUAUUUCAUAAAUUACUAUUUGAUACAAAUAUUGACACUACAACUUUCUUAGCGUUCCGUGCUAUGUAUCAAAAUAUGACCAGUUGUGUUCGAUAUAAAGGCGUUUAUUCUGAUUGGUUCCCCGUACUUCGUGGCACAAGGCAGGGAGGAAAAAGUUCCCCGAUCCUAUAUUUACUGCAACUGAUGAAAAUUGUUUCUCGUCAAGUGUCUAGAAAAUACACUACGGAAUGCUCCAACUGCAAAAGAGUAUGUGAAAACAUUGUUGAACACCUAGUGUGCUUUUGCCCAAAUAAGGAUUCUGAGAGAUCUAAAUUGUGGGAUUGUUUAAUUGAUAAGUGGGGAUAUGAAGGUUAUCAAUCUUUUAUUGAUAUGUCGCCCUCAGAUCAAUGUGAUAAACUUAUACAAGUAUCCGUGUUGUGCUCAAUGAACGGAUUUAUCAACCAUGCACUUGCCUAUAGACUAUGCUUACUUGUUUAA